GUACAGCUAUUUCGCGCAAAUUGAAACAAAAUGUUUAUCCGUUAACAGACAGAUUAUCUUGAUGACAUCGACAAAGAUUGUUGUUGCUGCCAUUGACUUUGGUACAACGUUUUCAGGAUAUGCAUUUUCCUUCGCUCAUGAUUAUGAAAAUGAUCCAUUGAAGAUUCAGACGAAUCACUGGAUAGGUGGAGGUCAUUUGUCACUCAAGGCACCGACGUCAAUUUUGUUUAGUCCAGACAAACAAUUCCAUUCAUUUGGAUAUGAAGCAGAAGAUAAAUACUCGGAUUUGGCGGAAGAAGAUAUGCAUUCUGAUUGGUACUUCUUUCGGAGGUUUAAGAUGAUACUUCAUCAAAAUAAGGUAUUGUCAAGAAAAACGCUUCUGCUGGAAGUAAACAGGAAACCACUAUCAGCUCUUACAGUGUUUUCGGAAGCCAUAAAAUACUUGAAGAAGAAUCUGACCGAGACAAUAUUUAUGAGGAUAACAGGUUUUGAAGAAAGUGACAUUCACUGGGUCCUGACUGUCCCAGCAAUAUGGACAGACGCAGCAAAACAGUUCAUGCGCGAGGCUGCCCUUCAGGCUGGUAUAAACGGAGAAUGCCUUGAACUAGUUCUCGAGCCAGAAGCGGCAUCGGCUUUCUGUAAAUGUCUCCCAGUAGAACGUCUCAAGGGUGGCAAGUCAAUGACCUUUGACUGCUUUCUUCCUGGAACUUGUUACAUCGUUCUUGAUUUAGGAGGUGGAACAGUUGACAUCACUGUUCACUGUGUUCAAGAAGAUGGCACUCUGUCUGAAGUUGCAAAGGCCAGUGGUGGUGCUUGGGGUGGUACACAAGUUGAUGAUGCUUAUCUUGGAUGUUUGGCUGAGAUGUUUGGAACCAAAGUUAUUGAAACAUUUAGGGAAGAGCAUACUGGAGAUUUUUUAGACUUGAUGAGAGACUUUGAAGUGAAGAAGCGGGCAAUAUCUGAAGAGAAAAAGGGCAACAUUGUACUCAGGAUACCAGCAGCUUUUGGAGAAACAUACAAGAGCUUGAACAGUAAUCCUAUUUCGAAGCACAUCUUUAAGGGACGCUUUGCUGAAAUAACCCAGCUCAAGAGGGAUAAGCUCAACAUAAAUGUUGAUGUAUUUAAACAGUUUUUCGCAAGUUCAAUAUCAAACACCAUUGAACAUGUCAAAAGAAUCUUAACCGAAAAUGAGUGCAGCAACAUCAGUACAAUAUUGCUUGUAGGUGGCUUCGCAGAAUCUGAGAUAGUACAACAAAGAGUACGUGAAGCGUUUCCAAAUAAGAGAGUGAUCGUUCCUAGCGAGUCCGGAUUAUCGGUCCUCAAAGGAGCAGUUCUUCUUGGCCAUGACCCAAGAAUAAUGAAGAGCAGGAUCAGUAAAUAUACUUAUGGUUUAGAAAUAAUUAGUAGAUUUGAAACAGGGCAGCCUGAAAAAUACAAAGUAUUUGAAAAUGAAGAAUUCAAAUGUCGUUAUAUAUUUGAAAAAUUCGUACGAGCUGGAGAGACAGUACCCGUAGGAACUAUAGUCGAAAAACGUUACAUCACGGACACAUUUGAUGUAAAGGAGGGUCUUGGACUUUAUGCCUCAACGGAAGAAAACCCACAGUUUGUAACAGAAGAAAGCUGUUUCAAAAUUGGCACUGUUAAGUUUGAAAAACCACGAGAACGGUUUAAGCUUGAAAUGCAUUUUGGAGAAACGGAAAUCCUUCUUAAAUUCAUUUUUGACGACGGCAAGAGACAAACUGAGAAAAUCAACUUUCUCUGUGACUAGAAUGAAUUUAAAUGGCUAGUGAUGUGGAUAUCGCAUAGUUACUCCAUCAAAUACCGCAAAAGGUUCUGCUUGUAUUUUUGCUUGUUUGAAUUCAAUGCUUCCAAGGAUAUUUUUUAUAGAUUUUAUUAACUUUCACAACAGCAGUCUUUAAGGACUGUAGAACGGCUGUUAAAAGUCGACAUGUACUAAUGUUUUUGUAUUUUCUAGUCCUUUAGGAUCAUGAAGUUCAAGACAUUUUUUUAUAAUAGCGUUCCGCUUAAGCCGGUGCUAGGAGCAUGAUAACUUGUGCAUGUUUCAUUAACUCUCAUGAAAAGACUAAAUCAAACCGCGUCUUAGUUGCGCUCUAGGCUUACAAAUUACCUUGUUAUAAAUUUUAUCAUAUCUUAGAAAAAAAUCUAGCUUUCCGUUGUAAUUCUUAUUUGUUUAGUUAAACUAUUCUAAUUGAAAUAAAGAAAUUUCUUACGCAAACAUUACCCGCAAAUGUGAUGGAAACCCCCCAUCCUGUGAAAUCAUUAAUACGUACGAGGGAUUACUUUUUGUGAAUUCCGUGGUUGUAUCAAACCACAAUAUUAUAUCCAAAACGAACUAAUAAAAUUCCCGAAAUCUACGAAUUCAUAUCCCAACGAAAUAGCAAUUUGGCCAAAACCCCAAAUUUCAUGUCCACAAAAUUAAAACAUAUUAACACAUUACUGUAUUUGUUCCUUACUGAUUGUUUUUACCUAUGAAGAACCUAGAAAGUUUCGGAGUGGACUACCUUGAGACUGCGAGCUACAGAUAUUGCAUUUGGUUCCAACUAAGCUCUAGGCUCUCUAAUGAUUCAUUUUGUGCUGAAAUGGAUAAACACAUUAAUGCCAGCAAACAGAAACAUUUUUUUACAUCGUAGAAAGUUCAACAUUGCAACGUAAUAAACAUAUACAGUCAAACCUGUGUUAAAGACCGCCUGUGAACAGAGACCACCUGGCUUUAAAGACCACAUGCUUUGUUUCCCAUUUUAACAUUUACGGUGUAUUUAACCUGUAAGUAAAGACCACCUCCCAAUAAAGACCACAUUUUGGCUCUCCCAAGGAUGGUCUUUAUAGACAGGUUUGACUGUACACGUAAAGCGAUACAUGAAAAAGUGUUUUAAAGGGUUCAAAGAAAAAUAGAUAUUUUUGUCCUUAAAAUGCGUACACUAUUAAAUCAUCAACAAAAUAAGAAUUCUUACUUACGAAAGUCCCGUGGUGACAUCACAUUUCACUAUUCCAAUUUCCUAUUUCUCAGUUCUCGAUUCAUAAUUUAUGCUAUAAACAUAGACUCUAUGAAAUGAGAAAAGUGAAAAGUGAAUUUCACAUUUUUUUACUUCACGCUUCUCAUCUUCGAUACAAGAUUUCAGAAUUAUGAAAUGAGAAAAAGUGAAUGAUUAUCUCAUUUCUUAUUUCUCAUAUCUUAUUAUACACAAUGUAACAUAUAGAAACUAUGAACUGAGAAGUGAAAAUGUGAAUUUUACAUUUCACAGCUCUCGCUUCUCGUAUUCGAUACAAAAUUUGGAAUGUCACAUUUUGCAGUCCUCACCUCUCGUUUUCGAUACAAAAAAAAAAAUGAAAUUGUGAACUUAAAAAUGUGUAGUUCUCAUUUUAUAGUACCUUUAUGUUUUAUAGUGUAUAAUAGGAAGUGAGAAAUAGCAAAUGGGAAUAAUGAAACGUGAAGUCACCACCGGGCUUUCGUACUUAUCCACUAAUUUCUUGGCAAAGUUGAAACAAUUUCAAGAAACUGUCCUUCCUUGCAAUCAUUUAGUACGUAGACUUUAAAUAGUUCUACAUUUGAAUAACAACAACGUAUAUUUUUUGACGAUAUACAUACUUUAAAUUGAAACUGAAACUGAAUUAUUUGAGUAAACGCAUAUUUCUGUAUAUUUAAUGGCGUUGUACAUAAUAAUAAUAAUAAUAAUAACAACAGUAAUAAUAACGACAAUAAUAAUAAUAACAAUCAUAACAGCCUUAUUUAAACAAAAACCGCACCCUUCUCUCUGAGGUUAUUUUAUCGCCCAUUGCGAAUACCAGUGCUUAAAGCCUUACAUGGUACGCCCAGACGGGUUCAAACCCCCUGAUUAAUGGUGCCAUCACAGAUUAUUUGGAAAAAAGAAAUACUAGACACUACCCUACCCAUAGAGCCUACGUUUAAUUAAACAAACCUUGAAAAUAUAAAUGUUGAAAGGUAAAACCUUUUACAAAAAUUUAAAAACUAUCACCUGCUGCUAUAGCGUAUAAAACAGUUAUCAAAAAAUUUAAAACAAUGAUACGAAGUCUCGGAUAUACAGUGUCUUAAGAUUUUUUUGAAUGUGUCAAGUGAUUUACUUUUGCAUAGUUCUAACUGCACUUCAUUCCUCAGUUUUGGACAAAUAGUACAGAAACUUCUAUCAUUGAAUGUUUGCACUUGAUGUAUGGGACAACAUAACGACAUUCAGAAUUUUCUGAAACCUUGUCUACUAGGAGUAUACUGUGCAAGCAAUUCUGUUAAAUACAUUGUGACAGAGAACACAUUGGUGCUCUGCCAAUGUGACAGCUAUACAUGAAAGAUAGUAUCUUGAACUCAAUCCUUGCUUUCACCGGCAACCAAUGUAGGUCAUUGAAUGAUUGUUUAGAACUGUCAAAUUUCCUUCUUUUAAGGACAAGUUUUGCGCACAUGUUUUGAAUACGUUGUGUCUUACGCACCUCACCGUUAGCUACACCAUACAGUAUGACGUUGCAGUAAUCCAGAUGUGAAAUAACUAGAGAUAAAACUAAAAUUUCAGUGGCUGCUUUUGUUAAAUAUUUACGGAUGUUCUUAAUUCGUAGGUAAUUCAACUUGGCUGUACGACAUUUGCGAUUUACAUGAUCUUUAAAGUUCAAGGUUUCGUCAAGAAAUGCACCGAGAUAUCUAAUUGUGCUUUCAUGUUUGAUAUCAUCACCAGCAAUGCAUAUAGAUUCACAUUUGAAUGUUGUAACAACCUCGUAUAUUUUUUUUCUUUGACAAUUACUAACUUAUGCAUACAUUUCCACAUUUGAAUGUUGUAACAACAUCGUAAAUAUAUUCUACACUUACCUAAUGCAUGUCCUAUUGCCACACCGCCCGAUUCCCCAUUGCAGUUAUGGUUUGUAUAUGUGUAAGUUGGCAGCCCUUAUGAUAAGUGCUUUUGCCACUGUUUCCAUGAAUCACACAACAUCAAGCUGUAUAUAAUAAAACGAAUGAACUAGCACGCAGAAAAGUGCUAUUCAAAUAUUCCAAAUUAAAUGUUACCACUAGUCACCGUGUCCGAACGUUUAAAUGAAGUAUAGAUUAUUUUAUUUAGGUUGAGUACAAUCACACUCAUGCACCAAGCAUCACCACAAUCCGUCAAUUCUACAUACAAAUUUCAUUCAGAAUUAACAGUUUCAUUAAAUCUGUAUUUCUUGUAAAAACGUUUUUAAAAAAGUAUUUAUAUCCUUGAAAAAAAUUAUUUAAAGAUGUAUCAUGUUUGAAUAAAAAGUUUAUGCGUUUUUACCUUAACAUUAUUUUAAUAAAAUCUGUAAAAAUAUCCUUUGGAAGCAUAGAAUGCAACGAAGCAGAAUUAUAGCAGACUCGGUUUGACUGAGUCUGUUCAUGAGAGGUUUAAUGUAGCAGUUUUAUCUUUAAGGUAGCAGUCCUAAGGCAAGCGAUUGGUAUAUAUUCUUAAGAUAUCAAUUUUAAUAGGAAACGAAAAUAAAGUAAAAAUAAGGUGGCAUACAUCCUUAAUAAGCACUACAGACACUAUCUUUUCGAUUUAGCCUGUGCUGGAAAAACCAAAGCCUAUAUGACAUUAUACAUUCCUUGUGAAAAUGUACUGGUGCCUUACACAUGUUUUAUUCAGCUAAAACACUCGGGACUCUAAUGUCACAUAUUCUAAAUGGAAUCAGCACACCAGACAUCACUGACUAAGGAGAAGACACAAACAAAGGAUAAUGGAAUCUUUUUUAUUUCAUAGAUUUA